AUGGCUUCUGAUAAGAUGGACCGCGGCCUCGACGAAAUCAUUGCAGACAAGCGCAGCAAUGGACCUCGAACCCGACGCGGUGGUGGCGACCGCCGCCGUGACCGUCAGGACUAUCCCCGUGACGGGGUGAAAAAGUCUCUCCGCAACGAGCCUCGAAACUUGGAUAGCGAAUGGGUUCAUGAUCGAUACGAAGAGAACACGUAUCGCAACAGAGGCCCUGCACCGCGUCGCAGGCGCGAAUCUCCCAGCGGCGGAGAAGCCCGCGGCGCACGACUCCGAGUUGAGAAUAUCCACUACGAUCUCACCGAGGAAGAUCUCGACGAACUCUUCAGAAGAAUUGGUCCCAUUACAAAGCUGCAACUGCGCUACGAUCGGUCUGGACGGUCCGAGGGCGUAGCUUUCGUGACAUAUGAAAGCAAGGACGAUGCCGCAGAGGCUGUGAGACAGUUUGAUGGUGCCAACGCGAACGGCCAGCCAAUUCGUUUGACCGUCAUGCCAAGCGGCCCUUCCCGAAACCCAUUUGAUACUGCCGUGAUGCCAGGGAAGCCUUUGUCCGAACGCAUCUCUGCUCCUGGUGGCAGAUCUCGAUCGCUCUCCCCUCCUCGCCGAUACGAUGAAGAAGAUGCCGCUCGCAGGGGCAUUGACCGAUAUGUUCCUGGCGGAAGUCGUUCCAGAAGCCCCAUGCCACCUCGUCGUGGAGGACGUCGUCCCGGUGCCCGACGAGAGGGUGGUGGGGGAAGGGAUCAGGAUGCGGGUCGCGGUGGCCGGGGAGGCGGAGCAAACGGAGGAAACGGCCGUGCUGCACGAACAAAUACGCCGCGACCCAAGAAGACCCAGGAGGAAUUGGACGCCGAGAUGGAGGAUUACUUCAACGCCAACGGCGGAGCCCCAGAGCCUGCUGCGGAAGCUGCCGCGCCCAGCGGAGAGACUGCUGCUGCACCUGCUAUCCCUGAUGAUAUGGACAUGAUUGAGUAA